AUGGAAAUAAAUUCACUUAUAAUUCCAGAGAAACCUCUACUCAUGCUGCAGAGCAUCAAAUGCGCAUGGAGACUCGACCCAUCACAUGAACACCUUCACGAUUGUCUGCUACGCUUUAGGAGUUGGUUGGAUGAGAAAUACGACUCAUUAGUACAGAGUGUAGCCUCUGUUAUAGAUACUGAGAUGCAACCGUUUCGAUGGUUAGCUUAA